AUGGCCGCCUGAAGCGCCCACAGCAGUCCGAGUGCGGGUGUCUCUGCUCCUACCAGUCUGCCCACGCCCUGGAAUCCACUUGAGCCCUCGCAGCCUGGCGUCGACGUUUCAUCGACGGCAGACGGCCCACGCCAGCUGUUAGCGCCUCCAUGUCUCAACCAUCCGACCAGCCCAGUCAAGAUGGAGCCACUGUCCAGCAAAGCGACCACCACACCUUCUCUACCAUGUCGCCCGUAGAGGAGGAGCCCGCGUCGCCAGCGGCCGCCACCAGCGUCACCGACUUCGCCGCCCCAGAGCCCAGGCAAAGGUCGCGCGCCUCUACUACCGAAGUAGCAGGUCCCAUGAGCCCGUCGGCUACCGACCGUGUCUUCCCCAUCCGCAGCGCCAUUAGCGUUGAGCCCACCCCCACUCCAAAGGGCCAGCAGACACAGGGCGACUAUUUCCACCCCUACUCGCGAGCCAACGACGCACGCCUUGCCUCCGAUACCCGUCGAGCCUCGCAGGGCUCUGCCACUUCGCACUCCUCACAUGCCUCGCAACGCGCGUGGACUAUGCGCCACCAAGCAACCACGGCCUUCUCAAGAGGUGGCCAACCGUUGCCCUCACAGCUCUUCAACGACAUGUCGUCCAACAAAUCCACUGGAAGCGUUCAGGACGAGAGUCGGUCGCCAUCGAAUAUACCCGAACACUCGGGUUCAAUAAAAAGCGGCAUCAGCAGCAUGGACAUGGGUGGCUUGGUGACACACCGGUUCAAGCACGUUACAACGGAAGGAGGCCAUAUGAUCAUCACCGGGCGCGAGGGCGACACCCUGCAGCGUUGCGAAGACGAGCCCAUCCACCUACCCGGCGCGGUGCAGGGCUUUGGUCUGCUGGUGGCGCUGCAAGAUGAUCCCGAGGGAAGUCUGCUGGUGCGUGUUGUGAGUGAAAACUCUCAAAGGAUAAUAGGCCGCACGCCCAAAGAGCUCUUUGCCCUGGAAAGCUUUACAGACAUUCUUUCCGAAGAGCAGGCCGACAACUUACUGGAUCACAUUGACUUUAUCAAAGACGAGGAAUCCAAUGUCACGUCCAAUGGGCCCGAGGUCUUUACCAUGUCCAUCAAGGUGGCAGGCCACGCUCGGACACGCAAGCUGUGGUGUGCAAUACACAUAAACGAGAGCAACCCUGGCCUAGUCAUCUGCGAGUUUGAGCUCGAGGAAGACCCACUUUACCCGCUCGUGCCCGCCAAUGAGCACACGCCUGAGCUCCCCGAAGAUACCCUGUCUAGCCAACCCACGGCUGAGGAGUUGCUGGAAAGCACCGAAAUCAAGAGCAAGCCCUUGCGAAUUCUGCGCAGUGCUCGGAAGCGGAAAGGCGAGGCUGCUGCCAUGGAGGUUUUCAACAUCAUGUCGCAGGUGCAGGAACAACUAGCUGCUGCGCCCUCGUUGGAAAAGUUCCUCAAGGUGCUGGUUGGCGUUGUCAAGGAACUGACGGGCUUUCAUCGUGUCAUGAUAUAUCAAUUCGACCAAACCUUCAAUGGCCGCGUUGUCACCGAACUCGUGGAUCCUCGAGCAACAAAAGAUCUGUACAAAGGCUUAAAUUUCCCUGCCUCGGAUAUUCCCCAGCAGGCUCGAGAGCUGUACAAGAUCAACAAGGUCCGUAUGCUUUACGAUCGCGAUCUGCAAACUGCGCGACUCGUGUGCCGUACUACUGAAGAUCUGGAGACCCCACUGGAUCUCACGCACUCGUAUCUCCGCGCCAUGUCUCCGAUUCACCUCAAGUACCUCGCAAACAUGGCAGUCCGGUCGUCAAUGUCAAUUUCCAUCAAUGCUUUUGGCGAGUUGUGGGGUCUCAUCGCAUGCCAUACCUACGGGCCUCGUGGAAUGCGAGUCUCGUUUCCUAUCCGCAAGAUGUGUCGCAUGAUUGGUGACGCUGCGUCGAGAAACAUUGAAAGGCUAUCAUACGCAUCAAGGUUGCAGGCGCGCAAGCUGAUCAACACAGUGCCUACACAGCACAACCCCUCUGGGUACAUUAUUGCAUCCUCUGACGACCUCCUCAAACUUUUUGACGCAGACUUUGGUCUGCUAUCAAUUCGCGAUGAGACCAAAAUUUUGGGCACCUUGGAAAACUCGCAGGAAUCACUGGCCAUGUUGGAGUACUUGAGAAUGAGAAGGAUCCAGGCCGUCAUGACUUCUGUCGACAUUUCUACCGACUUUCCGGAUUUGCGAUACCCGCCAGGGUUCCAUGUCAUAGCUGGAAUGCUCAUAGUGCCCUUGUCUGUGGACGGCGAAGACUUCAUCGUCUUCUUCCGCAAGGGACAGCUGAAGGAAGUCAAAUGGGCCGGUAAUCCAUACGAGAAAUUUAUCAAGGAAGGUACAGAAGGCUACUUGGAGCCACGCAAGAGUUUCAAGACGUGGUCCGAGACAGUCGUUGGCAGGUGUCGGGAGUGGACAGAGGAAGAGAUAGAAACUGCUUCUGUGCUUUGUUUGGUCUAUGGAAAAUUUAUCGAGGUCUGGCGGCAAAAAGAGGCUGCGCUUCAAAGUAGCCAGUUGACCCGACUGCUGCUUGCAAACUCGGCACACGAAGUUCGCACACCACUAAACGCCAUCAUUAACUACCUUGAAAUUGCACUAGAAGGCGUUCUGGACCAAGAAACCCGCGAGAAUCUAUCGCGAUCUCAUUCGGCAUCGAAAUCGUUAAUUUACGUAAUCAACGACCUUCUCGACCUGACAAAGACCGAGGAGGGUGGACCACUCAUCAAAGGCGAAUCGUUCGAUCUCAAGGACACGAUCAAGGAGGCCACAGACAUGUUUCGGAACGACGCCAAACGGAAGAACAUUGACUAUCAAGUCAUUGAGCAUCCGGGCCUGCCCAAUCAUUGUAUCGGAGAUCAACGCCGAGUGCGGCAGGCCAUCUCUAACAUCACUGCUAAUGCGAUUCAACACACCACCGCGGGAAGUGUCAAGGUCGAGGUAUACGUUGCAGCCAGGACGGGGCGAGAUCAUGUCGAUAUUGAAGUGGCAGUGUCCGACACGGGUAUUGGCAUGAGUCAAAAGAAGCUCGACCAGCUUUUCAAUGACCUGGAACAAGUGCAAUCCGAGCCUGCCUCGAUGCUAGAGGAUGCUCUGAUACCAGACCAGAAACCGAUUUCCGAGCAAGGCAACAAAUCCACGCUGGGGCUUGGGCUAGCCAUUGUAGGGCGCAUCAUCAGGAACAUGAACGGGCAAUUACGGUUACGCUCAGAGGAAAGCAAAGGCACAAGGUUCAUUAUACAGUUGCCAUUCAAUCUCCCAGACUCGGAAAUAGAUACGACUUCCACUGGUGCGGGCUCUCCUGGAAGCAUCACGCCUCAGGCUGAGCAGCCUCUACCCGACAUUUCCAGCCCUGCUGCUGGCGAGCGGACUUUGAUAGCACCUAGCCUAUCUCGCCAUGGUUCUGCUGGCGAAAACGAGCACACCCCAGGCCAUGUUGUGGUGCGGAAGCACAGCGCCGGGAGCCUCACAAGCAAGAAUAGCCUGCGAAGUUUCAAGAGUGGCUCAAGCCAAAAAAGUGACGUGGACAGGCUGAUCGACGCGAUACAGGAGCCGCAUCUGGUGGGAAGAGGCGACGCGAGCCCAAGCACGCGAUCCCUAAGACCAACUCUGACAAAGCGCGGCAGUCUAGAUUCCCAGGCAUCAGCUGCUGCUGCUGCGCGCACGAGAUCUAAGAGCCUUGAAGAUUUCAGCAGCCAGACCGUUGUUCCACCCCAUCAAAGAAGCAUGCAAUCGGAGGGACCGGGUCAAGAGAAUGUUCCUGGCUCAGAUACUCCUAUCACGGCCCUCAAGGUCCCUGAUGCAGGGGGUGGCUCACCAAUUGGCGUCCGUCAGCCUGGAAGUAUACUCGGUGAGGAGCAUGAGGAGCCUCCACAGCCGACUGCGGAGCCCGAGAAGUUGUCAUCCGACAACAUGCGUGUCCUUGUUGCUGAAGACGACCCGGUGAACAGCAGAAUUGUCAAAAAGCGGUUAGAAAAGCUCGGACACAAGGUACACCUCACAGUGAAUGGCGAGGAAUGCGCAUCUGCCUUUUGCGAUAACUCCAAAGACAUUGAUGUUGUCUUGAUGGAUAUGCAGAUGCCAAUUGUAGAUGGACUUACCUCGACGAAGGUGAUACGGUCAUUUGAAAAGUCGCAUAGUAACAUUUACUCUCCACGCGCAGCCCUCUGUGGACGCGUUCCCAUCAUUGCCGUGUCAGCGUCAUUAGUUGAGCGCGAUCGCCAGCAGUACAUUGAUGCGGGGUUUGAUGCCUGGAUUCUCAAGCCCAUCUCGUUUGCCCGGCUGAACCAGCUCAUGAGCGCCAUUGUUGACACGGACGUCCGAAACGAUUGCUUGUAUCAACCCGGCUCGUGGGAAAAAGGCGGCUGGUUCCAACGUGGAAUGCACAGUGCCGACGAGGCCGUCACCAAGCCAUCUGGUGAAGCGCCUGUCUCCAACCCGUCAGAAGAGCUAGAGGAAGCCGCAGCCGCCGCCGGUUCAGAAGAGCCAAUAGCCGGCGAGGAAGAUGAAAAGGGCGACAUACCCGACGAGCAAGCACGGCUCCUGCAAAAUCAGGAGGAAGGGAAGAUUGAGCCCCCGCAAGACAGCGCCGAGCAACCUCCCGCUUGAAAGAUAUACAAGGCCUAUAACACAUGAUCCUGUUCCCCCCCUCGGUGCCUUAUCGCUUCAGCCUCAUUGCUCUGCACAGGCAAAGACCAAACAAAAAGCAUUGCUCUCUUGAACCAAAGCAGAUGGCUUUUCACCACCUCUAGCUGUUAAUCGUUCGUGACGGAACGUUUGCUAUAUUAUUCCUUGUUCCUCUUUCUUCUCCUUCCUCUUUUUCUUCUUCUUCCUCCUCCUCUUCUUCUU